AUGCAAAACGUUGGCGCAUCGGUAGACGUGAAAUUCCACAAAUUAGAUGUCAAAUUGUGUAUUUUUAUAAUAUUUAUUUGGUUGGGCUUGGUGAAAACUAAAAGCCAGAGAUUAGAAUGCGUAGUGACUGGUGGCUCUCAGUCAUUUAUUAAUUGUAAUGGCUAUGGGUUGAAUUUAAAAAAUGUAUCACACCUUACACUUAGAGAUGUUCUCAUUUCCGUCCAGUCAGAAGACGUUGUUAGUGACAGUGGUUUGAUUAGUAGCAAGGAUGCGACUGUCAUUGCAUCGUCAAACACUACACUUAACUUGGAUUUCUCUUAUAAUGAGAUUCAAGUUUUGGAAUUUUCACCUUUCACCGAACUUCAAGGGCUUCGUGGACUCAACAUAUCUCACAACCACAUUCGAGAAAUACUCGCAGAUGGAAUUAUUCUUGAUGACCUGAUAUCUUUAGACAUUAGCUUCAAUUAUUUAACUACACUAUCUCUCAAACUGACUUACAUGCUGCCAAGCUUAGAAUAUUUAAACAUUAGUGCUAAUCAUUUUCUUUCAAUUUCUAUACCUAAUUUUGAUAACUUGAGAAUACUCGUGUUAAAAAGUUCAAAUUUUUUAGCUAAUAUAACAGGCCGACUACAAAAUAGCUUACAAAAUGUCAUCAUUGAGGAUAACAAAGAAUUAAAAUAUAUAUCUAAUGAAGUGUUUGAAAAUUUGACUUCUCUUUCUCUUUUAGACCUGAAAUUUAACAAUUUAAAUAGCUUCACCUUUUUGGAAAAUAUUUCAAGACAUCAAAUUCCAUUAAUUAACGUUGCUGGGAAUGCUUUCAAAUGUCAUUGUUACGAAAUGAGUAUAGUCUUCAAAGUAUUCAAUUUUCUCAUAUCAUUGGAGAAUGCUUCAAAACUUAUUGGGUUUUCCUGUGUGGAUGAUUUCAACAGCAUUGAAUAUUCUUCUCUGUUUGAGUUGUAUCAGGGAUGUACAAGGUAUAUUCAAUCUAUUCAAUCUGGUAUCUACUUGGCAAGAGUCAAUAAACCAUUGGUUGUACCUUGUAGUUGGAAGGCUAAACAAGAUAAUGAGACUUCAUCUUUAUUUUUAACAUUGUCCUCUUCUUUGGCAUCUUCACCACCACUGCCAUCAAAUUUUUUGGUGUUUUGGGUGACCAAUAGGAAUACAACAUUUUAUAGAAACUCCAACACUACACUCAGUUUGUAUAAUAGUUAUAAUGAUGAUUCACAACUGAGUAGAUUCAGCAUUCUGCCUAACAACAACCUCAUGAUCAGAGAUGUGUCGACAUCUGAUGCUGGCAGAUUUGUUUGCUACGUAGCUUCAAAUGCAACCACUUUUGAAGAUGAAUUCACUUUUCACAAUCACACAAAUAACAUAACAUCUGCUAUUGGCUCAAAACUCAAAACUUUAUUAACAAGGUCAAGCAUGCAAAUUAUGAGCAACUUUACGGUCAUCAUCAAACUGGACUACAGCAUUCUGUCGACCACAACCAUCUGCAGCAUCAUCGUAGGCUUUCUGACAGCUGCUGCUUUUUCAUUCCUCUCAAUAAUUCUUGCAGUGGCUCGCUACACUGCCAACAACUGCAGCAAGAAGGCGAAGAGGAAGAAGAAGAGCAUCAGAGAGAUUCUCGUGAAGAUGAGUGGCUUCAAAUCAGCUCAGAUGGAUAGGCUUUCUGCUUACAAAUCUGCUAAGAUGGAUCAACUUCUGGCCUUCAAGUCUGCAACCAUGGAUCAGUUCUCUGCUUUCAAAUUGGCUCGGAUUGAUAGACUGCGAACAUACAAGCAAUCAACUGUGACGACGGUGUUGAGUCACAUGGACCGGAUGAGAGAGCACUACUACAACCAGUCAACCAGGAUCAAGGAAAACUGCAGUCUGCAGGUUGACAGGCUCAGAGAAACUUAUGAAAAUGGGUGUGGUCGAUUGAAGGAUUACAAGUGCCAGCGUAUCGAGAAGAUGAGAGAGAACUACCUGAUACAGGUGAACAAAAUCAGAGAGUACGGCUUACAGCAGAUAUCAAGACUGAGGGACCAAUACAAAAUGCAACAACAGUACCUCCUCAAGUUGCUCGAACUCAUUGAAGUCGGAAACUGUAUGACAGUCAUCGAAGCUGAAUGUCUGAAAACUGAAUCGGCCAUUUUCAACACCGACAUCCCUAUCAAUAUUGAUGCUAAUUCAUUAGGAGUGGUGGGUGGUGUUGGUGAAAUGGAUGGCAGUGGGGACCAGUCUGAUGGGGAAAUCAUAAUUGAGCCAGGACCAGUGCUUGGUGAUGUAAGGGAGGGUGAUGGCAACAGUGCUGCUGCUGCUGGUGGUGGUGGUGGUGCAUCUGGAAGACUUCAUAAUUGUAAAGUUCAUUAUAAAAUUAAUUUGACGUCAAAAUGUGGUAACAACAACAACAAUAAAAACAACAACAAUAAUAAUAAUAAUAAUAAUUAUGACAGCGAAGAUGACAUUAGUAAUCAAGCACAUUCUAGUACAAGACACAUCGGUUGCAUUAAUUUUGAAACAUGCAAAGGUCAUUCUCAUCCCUCUCAUCAUCCUCUUCCCAACGAGUCAGGCAUGCAGUCGACAACUGAUGACAUUUGCGAUGAUGAAUUUGAUUUGGAGCUGACGAAAUCUAUCAGCGAGAUCGAGAGAAUAUGCAGAGAGGGUAUUGAAAAAAGUGUAGAACACUUUCAACACUGUUUCUUCAUUUCCGAUCAUUCGCACAUCCCUGAAAGAGGGAUCCAGUCCAAUAAAGAGUGUGACAAUCGUGAUAAGAGAGGUGAAGCUCAGAGAUGCAGUGAUGAUGAAGAAGUUUUUGUCGAUUGUUACACAACACCCCCCACGUCACAAACGAAAAAAAAAUUAAAAGCAACUAGCAAGGGUACCAGGAGCUGUCAAUCAACAUCUACCAGUCCAACACACUCCUUACCUAAUUAUAAUUUUUCAUCUUUUUUCUUCAAUGAUGAUGAUGAUGAUGGCUGCGAGUUUUAUCGGAAGAAGAAGAAAGAAAAGAAGAUUAACAAAGAUUCAAAAAGUCGUUUAUCUCAAAGGGAAAACUUUUACAUCGAAGACAACCGACUUGUUAACUUUUCAAGCUUGAAUUUACUGAAGAAAGAAAACAAAGGUGGUCUAGAAAAAAAUAAUGUCAACAAAAAUAAGAUCUGCAACAACAAUAACGUGGAAAAAGUCAUCAACAACGACGACGCCGCCAACAACAGGUCAUCAACAAAUGUUGCCCAACAUGACCAGCAAGUGUGCCCUGCAAAGAAAAAUCGCCCCCUUAGCUUACUCUGUCUCAAACCCCCGAAAUCACACCGCCAGAAGACGUCAUAUUCUCCGAACGUUGUUUACAAUAAUAAUAAUAAUAAUAAUAAUUUUGAUUGUAGUACUGAUGAUAAAAUGGUGUCAUUACUGUCGAUGAAACCUCAUUUAAUAAGCUCCACCCAAACCCAGUUAAGUUGCUCCAGUUACAACACUGCACGUGAUGGCGAGGAGGACUAUGAAGAUGUCGAUGAUCACAACGACGUCGGUGGGAUUCUCGAUGAUGAUUCUAAAAUUGUUUUUGUGGUGGUAGGUGACUCUGUUGCAGAGGCUACAACUUCUACCUCCGCUACUACUACUACUACUACUACAAAUAAUAAUAAAAACAACAACAAAAAUAAUAAUAAUAUCCCUGCUUCAACAUCCAUAAGUACUUCUAAUUCAGGUGCAUAUGCUACUACUACAACUUCCAUUUCUUGUACACCUGUUGCAAAUACUACUGCUACUACUUCUACUACUACUACUACUACUACUAUUGCUGCGGCUGCUGCUGCUGCUGCUACUACUACUACUAACUAA